CUCUCUUCUCUACCCUCCCCAAAGCCAUAAUAGCAGCUCUCUACGCUCCCCUGCUGCCCAAGAUCUUCCCCACCCCCUUUGUGCACAUCUUCACACCCUAAUCAUAACCAAGAACACACUCCACCCACUUUCUUCAUACAUCACUCACACACCCUCACAACGCGUGAUCGUCUCUGGGGUCAGCAUCCAACUGUCAACAUCUUUGAUGAGAAAAAAAAGAGUGGUCUCUCUAUCUUUCUAUGGUUUUUGUAUGAAACUAUGAAAUGAGUGUUUAUGAUCAAUAAUGGUGCACAGGUAAUCCCAAGGAACUUUGCCAGAUCAAAUGGUCUUAUAGGAGAAAGCUUUGAAAUGAUCCUUAAAGAUCAAGAAAGUGGUCGGUCUUGGCCUGUCCAAUUAAGACAUAAAAAGGAUGGCCGGGUGUACUUCAAAGGUGGUUUGCGUGAUUUUGCAGUUGCGAAUCACCUGAAGAAAGACCAACUUUGCAUUUCCAGGCUCAUUUGCUCCGGCAACAACUUCUUUGUGAUUCCAGAAAUGAUGGGAAAAUGGUACUUCAUGUCACAGUGGACGACAAUGCUUAUGGGGGAAAACCUUCCUUCAUGACUUCCUUGGAAUGGGUGGACUCGGCAAUUCGGUGAGGCCAUACAAAUUAUAUGCAUCUAGUUAUUUUAUAUUUCUAGACAUCACCGUUUUAAGAAUGGCAAUUAGGUGAUUCUCCCUUGGAGAACGUUAGAGGAAGAGAAGAAGAAGAAGAAGUGCAGAUCUGAGCAGAUCCGAGCAGAUCCGAGCAGGUCCGAGCAGGUCCGAGCAGAUCCGAGCAGAUCUGAAGUUCUCACGGCGUCCGAAGGGGAAACUGGAUCUGUGAAUCUCCUUCACUAGCCUGGGAACGAGCUGAAGAAGAAAUGCGACCACCUCUUUAAGUAUAAGCCACCACCGAAGUCAAGGCUUCUUCUGAAGUUUAUGAGUUGUCAUCGUCUGACGGAAAGAUAGAGGGGAUCUGAAUUAUCCACUGUUUUGGAGCAGCCAUGAUCGAAAAUAUAUGAGAAGAAGAGAUCGAGUAGUUCUUUCCGGGUGUGAUCUACAACUGACUGAGAUCUCGCUUUGCUUUGGAGCUUCUUCUGAGCUUCCGAUCUACUGAUAAUGAACAUCUAGAUACAACAUUCGAUCUUCACUGCGGAUUUGUCGGCGCCAAGGAAAGGAGAGAAAGGUAAGUUGCAGGUUCGGUUGUUCCAGCAGCAAGGAAAGAAGAAGAGAAGAAGAGAAGAAGAAGAAGAAGAAGAAGAAGUGCAGAUCUGAGCAGAUCCGAGCAGAUCUGAAGUUCUCACGGCGUCUGAAGGGUGAGGGAGAUUUCUCAGUUUCGUUUUGAUUUCGAGAGGGGGAGAUCUGUUGAAUAACCAAGGAAGGGGACUGAAACAGAAAUCUGGGGAGACGAUGGCGUUUUUGAAUGUGGUAGAUGAUGGUAGAGAUAUGGAUCAUGACCCAGGGGGAGGAAGACCGCCGGAUAGGGGCAGGCAACUACGCCUUACUGAUUUCUGGAAAAUUAAAUUAAAGGAUGCAUCAGAAGCGGUUAGAGAAGAAUCUGAGUUUCAAGCCAAAGAAGAUCUGAGUACUAAGGUGGAUGACAGCAGAAAUCAGAAAGAUAGAGGGGAUGGUGCGAAGAAAACUUUUUCUACUGUUGUGGGUAAGGCUUUACCGGACGUGGAGCAGUUGCCGGAUCCAAUACAUGCUGGGGCGCACACUAAGAUUAUCAUCCCGCAGGAGGCAUAUGAGGAGAGGCUGGAAAAAUUCAAGUUUGCUUUGAUAGGUCGGGCAAACUUCAAAUUUAUGUCACUGAAUGAUAUUCGUAAAGCUGCAGGAGAGGGGUGGAAUUUGAAGGGGAGAAUUUCUUUGUCUCCUAUGGGGAAAGGAUUCAUUUUAUUUCAGUUUGAGUUGGAAGGAGAUAUGUCUGCCAUUUGGAGAAGGAACCUAAUCAAGGUUAGAGGACAAUUUAUUCGAUUCCAACAUUGGAAACCAGAUUUUGAUGUGCAUGCGGUGAACAACCCAACCAAACUGGUGUGGAUCAGAUUUCCAGGCCUUCCCCUGGAAUACUGGCAUGAGAAGAUCUUGUUGACAAUGGCUAAAGUGGCAGGUAGACCUGUGGCCCUGGACAGACGCACCAGAUCGGCGGCAAUGGGGAAUUUCGCGCGCGUUCAGGUAGAAGUGAUAAUUGGGGAGAAAAGGGUGGAAGAGAUUCAGGUGGAAAGAAAGCAACCAAGAACGGGGGAGAUUUUUUGGUUUAAACAGUUAAUCGUAUAUGAAGAUGGGUUAGCUAAAUGUGGUUUUUGCAAAAAAAUUGGGCAUACUUUGUUCCAAUGCAAAGAGAAGAAGGAGGUGGAUGCUCGAGACACUGGGGCGGCAGCCAUGGUGAAUGAAGGUGGUGCAGGGCGGAGAUCCAGCUCAGAGGGCGAUGGUUUGGGUGAAGGAUUUGUUUCCAAUUUGGGUAGAAAUCUUACCCAUAUGAGGCAGCCUCCUACCAUAUUAAGAACUCAGAUUAGGGACAAUAGUCCAACGUCUAAGGAAGGUGUGCAGGGGCAGGGAGAUAUUGAGAUAAUUAUUCCCUUAGAGAAGUCUACCAAUAUGGGAACAAAUCACAAUCGUAUGGGUGCAGUUAACAGUAUGGAGGGUAAUGGCAGUGGCAGAUUUCUUGGCAAGAGAUGCGGCUAAGAGUGGUAUUUCAGGAGUUGAUGUGAUAUUGCCUCCUCACAUAGGGGAUUUUCUUUCUAGAGAUGCCGAGGGAAGACCAAAUUAUAGAUUCCCUUAGAGUUUUUCCUUUUCUCCUGCUGAUGGCAAUGCCGAAGGUGGGAGGAUGGGGAGGCUAGUGGUUCUUUUUAUUGUUGGAUUGGUUGUUGGGUUGUAAUUGUUUUCUUCUUUUUUUUUUUUUUUUUUUUUUCUUCUUAUGAAAUAAAAUUUUAGCGAAAAAAAAAAAAUGGCAAUUAGGUUGGAUAUUUGGAUCUCAAUUCCGAUUAUCACCUAUUCAACUAUGGACAAAUGUCCACCACAGGAAGGUAAAUUGAUCAUUGUAUAUGUUUGUUUUACUGGAGAUUCCAAGCAAUUGAGUAAUAUUUUGUUCUUCUUACCAA